AUGAGAAGUACACCACAAGUACCAUCAUACAAAUCGUAUUACAAGGGCCCAGUUGUAAUUAGAAAGCCAGGCCAAGAUGAUGCUUUCCAAAAGUUUAUAGCUGUGUUCAAAAAGAAGUUAAACAGGAAAUUAUAUCCCGAAGAUACAAAUGACUACAAUGACCUUAUAGCACGCUUUUUCAUUUCCCAACCAUUGUAUACACAAAAGUUAUUGAUUGAUCAAUUGAAUCAAAAUUUGAAAAAGCGUCCAGCUUAUGAAAAUUUGGAAACAUCUUCACUAAUAGCUGAGUUUGAUGACAGUGCGUUUAUGGAUGAUAUUAUGGAAAUGUGCCCUAAAAUACAAAUUGCUAUGGAAGAGCCCAGAGAUUGUACUCCAGUUUAUAAAUGGUUAGAUUUGGUAGUAGAACCAAACCGUGAUCAAAUAUGGUUGAGUAUAGAAAAUAUCAACAGAGCACAAAUUGAUCUUAUACUUUUUGCUAGAGUUAUAAACCCUUUGUUGCAUUUACUAGUAAAGAUUUACGGAGAGGUUUUUUUUAUUAGUCUUCAACAACCCAUUCAAAUAAUCGAUAGUGUAUCUAGAGGGUUUUCACGCCCCAAUUCAUUAAUUGAAAUAGAUGACCUAAGAUGUUGUAUACCAUUCAAGUCAAUAUUAAAGUUACCAGAUGCUGAUAAGAUUAACGAAGCUAACUUGUUGGAACUUAAUGGAGUGGGUGAAGCACUUGAAUAUAUGGUAAAUUGUAAGAGCAGGAUAGGCAUUCUAUCGAACUUCAAAACCACAGUGUUAUUAGGUUUCAUUCCAGGAAGUAAAAAGCUACAUUAUAAAGCUAUAUCUCAUAAAGCUGAAAAUUUAACUGUUUUAGGUGCUCUACUUACUAUUUGGGCCAGAGCUUUUGAAAAUAAGAACAAAUAUGGAAAAGUCAUGGUUGGAGAUCUAAACAAAUGUCAAGUUAACAUCAUUUCUAAAUUAAUUGGAAAGCAUAAAGUUGAAGUAGCUAAGGAGUUUAAAAAUAAUAUUCAAGAAUCUAAAGGAAAUAUGAUGAGUAAUUCAAGAAAUGCAAAAACUGUGACAUUUUCAUUCAAACAGAAGAAGAGAUUUGACAAGGUUUUCAAAUGGUUUGAUAAUUUGAACUUUAAUAAAUUUGACCAACACUUUCAAACAUUUGCUAUGAAUCCAAUUGAUUAUAAUAGAUUUUUUGGUAAUCAGUUUCCUAAGUUGAAUAAAGAUGAAGCUCAGGCUUAUAUUGUUGAAAUUAAUGCCUUAAACCUAGCAAAAUACGAUAGAUUGGUUGUUGAGAAGCUAUAUGAUUUCCAAUUCAUAGAAGAUGAGAUUUACAAAGAAUAUAAUGCUAUCAUUCAAGAAUAUGAAAAGAUUAAAGCUUUGACUAAAAGAAGGCCCCAAAAGAUCUAUCAACGAACUAAUAUAUCAAAUGGAUACUUGGAAAUAAAAGUCAAGGAAGAGUUUGCAAUAUGUGGUCCAUUCAUAGCACAUCUCAGAAAGCCUUUGUCAAAUUUCAACCACGAUAAGUACAAAGCUGAACUUAGAAAACAGCUCAAACUUCUUCACAAGAACAAAAUGUCUAUUAAGAAUAGAGCUUCAUUUAGCUAUGAGCACAAUCCAACAAAAUUGAACCCUGCUGAUGUGACUAUUAAUUCUGAGGGUAAUUACUGUUUUAAAUUUCCAAAUGGACUUAAAUUUACACCAGAACAGGAUAUUGAAGAGUUGGAAGAUCUGUUGAAAAACAAUCCAGUACCAUAUUGA